UCCGCAGUCUCUGGUCAUCUCCUGUACUGUGUCCGCAGUCUCUGGUCAUCUCCUGUACUGUGUUCGCAGUCUCUGGUCAUCUCCUGUACUGUGUUCGCAGUCUCUGGUCAUCUCCUGUAGUAUGUCUGCAGUCUCUGGUCAACUCCUGUAGUAUGUCUGCAGUCUCUGGUCAACUCCUGUAGUAUGUCUGCAGUCUCUGGUCAUCUUCUGUACUGUCUGCAGUCUCUGGUGCGUCUUAUGGUAAGGUGCGUCUUAUGGAGUGAAAAAUACGGUAGGUUUUUACUAAAGAAGUUUGGCUAUUUCUGUAAGCAGUCAAGUGCAUUUAAAAAGUGGUCAGUGAAUGUAUACAUAAAGCAUUUGCUGAAUGCUAGGUCACAGAAU